GCCGUUCUGGACCAGUGGUUCACUUUGCCCAUUUUCGCCUGGGUUCUGGUUUGGAUCGACUUUAUCGAACGCGGUUCGUCCAAGUGGCGCACCUGGCACGCGGCGGUUGCCGAAACGUGUUCUCUGCUCAGCUACGGCCUCGCGCUCUUCCACGACUGCGGCUUCGAAGCGGCUCUCGCCGCCCACGUGAUCUUAGCCGUGUACGGGGGAGUGCGCGUGCAGCAGGUGCACGGUGACCGCGGUUCCCGGGUCUCACUGCUGUUGGCAGUGCUCAACUGUAUGGGCUUUGUGCUACUGAAGCUACUGGACCACCGGCUCGCCCGGUACCCACUGUUUCAACGGUUUACCGGACAUUUCUGGUCCAAAGUGUGUGACGUGCUGCAGUUUCACUUCAGCUUCCGUUUUCUGUCGUCGGUGACACACAGAGCCCAUCAGAAGAGAGACGUACAGCGGCAGUGAGGGACCAACACCAGCGGUUUCAACAGCCCCAGCAGAAGCUUCUAAAAACAACGAUACACAUUUAGACUCAAAAUAUUGCAUUUUUUUUAUCUUGUUACAAUUGUAACCGAGACUCGAUGACAACUCUUUUGAGAUCACAUUUGAACUAACCUUAACCAGUAGAAACCUGUUGAAAUCAACGAAGCUUUGCUUCAGCUUAAAUCAAGCAUC